AUGCGGUGGCUCAGCAAACUUCUCGCUCCGUACUGGUUUUCAUUGCUCCCAAUAAGAUCCCAUGCAUGGACAUUCGUCUGGCGUGAUGCGCAGAACAACACGCACGUCCCCAGCGGCUCCUCUGACUUUCCCUGCACCGAGAUUGCUAACCCGCCGGGCAUGGUCUUUGAGUACGACGCAGACGGGGAUUUUACGACUUUCUAUGUGUAUCAAAAUACCAACUGCUCUGGAGAUCCCACUGGCUGGGCGGAGCACUAUCACUCGAAGCCUGCGAGUAACUUCCUUGGCUCAUUCCAGAUUGUGGACAGAAGAAAAACACAAUCCGCAACAGCAUCGUCCACCAGUUCCACUGCAUCAGGGGACACGCCCCUCUCAGGGGGUGCGAUUGCAGGGGCUGUCGUCGGUGCAGUGGCUGGUGUAGCUCUCAUGGGGGCUCUAGUAUUCGUCGGUGUAAGACGACGAAACAAUAAACCUGUCACUACUGCUGGUUCCGCUAUCACAUCGAAUGGCCCGGCAGGUUCGGGUGUUGUCCCUACUUUGAUCGAAGUACAAAAAGAUACCCUACAGCCUGACGAGCGUCCUAUGAAAAAUGAAUGGGUUGCGGUUGCAGGCUCGGAACAAAAACCGACACGAAUGGCAGAGCUACCAGGGGAUUUUGAGGCGGUUGAGAUGAGUGAUAGUCACCGGGUAAACGAAAUCGAGGGUACGGGUUGGUCAUUACAGAGCUCACGAAAUGCCUGA